GCGACAUUCUUCUCUCUGUCUCUAAGCAAAAUGGCGUCUUACUGUCUGACUGUCUCCAGGCUGCAGCUGGCCCUUGGAACCGGGGCGAGGCGGUUUCAUGUCUCCGCAGCCUUCAGCGCCAAGGCCAGGGUGUCCAUGAGCCGCUUUGAGCCCGGCUCCAGCAUCAACUAUGAGAAGAUGCACCAGAACAUCCAGACCGUGCGAAGGAGGCUCGCCAGGCCUCUCACUCUGUCCGAGAAGAUCGUGUACGGUCACCUGGACGACCCGGCGGGGCAGGAGAUCGACCGCGGCCGCACGUACCUGCGCCUGCGUCCGGACCGCGUGGCCAUGCAGGACGCCACGGCUCAGAUGGCGAUGCUUCAGUUCAUCAGCAGCGGCCUCCCGAGGGUCGCCGUUCCCUCCACCAUCCACUGUGAUCACCUGAUCGAGGCUCAGAUCGGAGGAGUCCAGGACCUGCAGCGGGCCAAGGAUGUGAACGAGGAGGUCUACAACUUUCUGGCAACAGCUGCUGCAAAAUAUGGAGUCGGCUUCUGGAAACCUGGAUCAGGGAUCAUCCAUCAGAUCAUCCUGGAGAACUACGCCUACCCCGGGGUGAUGCUGAUCGGCACAGACUCCCACACUCCUAACGGGGGCGGGCUGGGCUCCAUCUGUAUCGGCGUGGGCGGAGCUGACGCCGUGGAUGUCAUGGCUGGGAUCCCCUGGGAGCUGAAGUGUCCGAAUGUGAUCGGGGUGAAGCUCACAGGAAGCCUGUCUGGCUGGACGUCUCCGAAGGACGUGAUCCUGAAGGUGGCCGGUAUCCUGACUGUGAAGGGCGGAACCGGAGCCAUCGUGGAGUAUCACGGGCCCGGAGUGGACUCCAUCUCCUGCACAGGGAUGGCUACGAUCUGUAACAUGGGGGCGGAGAUCGGAGCCACCACGUCGGUCUUCCCGUACAACCACCGCAUGAAGACCUACAUGGAGAAGACGGGCCGUGGAGAGAUCGCCUCUUUAGCCGAUCAGUUCCAAGAAGACCUGGUCCCGGAUAAGAACUGUGAAUACGACCAGGUGGUGGAGAUCAACCUGAGCGAGUUGAAGCCUCACAUCAACGGGCCGUUCACCCCGGACCUGGCUCACCCGGUGUCCGACAUCGGGGCGAUCGCCAAGAAGAGCGGCUGGCCCCUGGAGGUCAAAGUGGGUCUGAUCGGCAGCUGCACUAACUCCAGUUAUGAGGAUAUGGGCCGAGCGGCGUCUCUGGCUCAGCAGGCUCUGGAUAAAGGUCUGAAGUGUAAGGCCCAGUUCACAGUCACUCCGGGGUCAGAGCAGAUCCGAGCCACCAUCGAGAGAGACGGAUACGCGAAGAUCCUGAGCGACGUCGGGGGAAUCGUUCUCGCUAACGCUUGUGGUCCCUGCAUCGGACAGUGGGACAGAAAAGACGUGAAGAAAGGAGAGAAGAACACCAUCGUCACGUCCUUCAACAGAAACUUCACCGCCAGGAACGACGCCAACCCGGCCACGCACGCCUUCGUCACGUCUCCUGAGAUCGUCACGGCCAUGGCGAUCGCCGGGACUCUCAACUUCAACCCAGAGACCGACUACCUGACCUCCGCGAGUGGAGAGAAGUUCAAGCUGGAGCCGCCCACCGGGGACGAGCUCCCCUCCAAAGACUUCGACCCGGGUCAGGACACCUACCAGCACCCCCCAGCAGAGGGCGGCUCGGUCAUGGUGGACGUGAGCCCCUCCAGUAACCGCCUGCAGCUGUUGGAGCCCUUUGACAGGUGGAGCGGAGGAGACCUGGAGGACUUGAGGGUCCUCAUCAAGGUGAAGGGAAAGUGUACAACGGAUCACAUCAGUGCCGCCGGUCCGUGGCUGAAGUUUCGCGGUCACCUUGACAACAUCUCCAACAACCUUCUGAUCGGCGCGGUGAACAUUGAGAACGAGGCCGUCAACAAGGUGAAGAACCAGCUGACGGGAGAGUACGGGGGCGUGCCGGACGUGGCUCGCCACUACAAGGCUAACGGAGAGAGCUGGGUGGUGGUUGGAGACGAGAACUACGGGGAGGGGUCCAGCAGAGAGCACGCCGCCCUGGAGCCGCGACACCUCGGAGGACGCGCCAUCAUCGUCAAGAGCUUCGCCAGAAUCCACGAGACCAACCUGAAGAAGCAGGGCCUGCUGCCGCUCACCUUCGCCGAACCCAAAGACUACGACAAGAUCCGCCCCGACGACAAGAUCUCCAUCACCGGGUUGAAGUCGUUCGCUCCUGGAAAGCCUCUGACCGCCGUCAUCAAACACAGCGACGGCAACCAGGACGCCAUCUCUCUCAACCACACGUUCAACCAGACGCAGAUCGAGUGGUUCCAGGCCGGCUCCGCCCUCAACAGGAUGAAGGAGCUGCAGUGAUUGGUCGAUGGAGGAAGGAGGCGGGGCCUGAAGGGGGCCAUCGAGGGGCCUUGAUGUGGAGGAGACGGAGGGAACGCUCGAUGGUCACAUGACUGUUUAGAGACUGACACACACACACACACACACACACACACACACACACACACACACACACACACACACACACACACCAAAGGUCGCUGUACAGAUGAAAAGCGCACACACACGUACACACAAGCUCACGCACAGACAGGAUUACUGUGAAGCUCUCCCAGACAACAGGCAGAGUGACACACACACACACACACACACACACCUGAAGCUCAGUGUGUGUGUGUAGCAGUGUGUUCCUGAUAGAAGCACGCCUCACUUUAACAUCACCUGUGUCCUCAUGUCUCUCUGAGUCUGUACUUGUGAUGAUGUCUCAUGCUUCAGGCUGCAGUUAGCCUUUAGCUCGCCGUUAGCCACCUGAGGUGAGAGAAGCUACCUGGCGUCUUGAUUAACUUGAUAGUUUAGAUUUUCAUCGACACUGGAAACACCGAAACACCGUCCUGACUGUCUCUCCAUCGUUCUCUCUCUCCGUGUUUUCUCUGCGUGUGUCUCUCCAUCAUUCCUUCACAUUAACAUCGACCCGUCUGCUCCUCUCUGCUCGCCUCUUCUCUGUCGCUCUCGGCAGGCCGGCUCAUGGAUCCAAACCUGGCCUGAUGUUUGUGGAGACAGACUCCACGUUAAAGGUGACAUAUCAUGCCCUUUUUCAUCAACAUAUAUUGGUCUAAGAGGUCCCCAAAACAUGUCUUUAAAGGUUAUUGUUCAUAAAAACACUUUGAAAUCAGAUUCUGGUCUGCCUGUAAACCCCUCUUUUUCAGCCCUGCACAGAACAGGCUGUUUUCUGUGUCUGUGCCUUUAAAUAAGAAUGAGCUCUCUGACCACGCCCCCUCAGGAAGUGGGUGUGGCCUCGGCUGUCCAGCACGUUGAUCUAAUGUGUCUUGGUACACAGCUACGAACAUGUAACUAUGUGGCUAUGCUAACUAGCGCUAGCACUUUUCCAUGAAAACUAAAAAUCAUCCACUAGAUCUUCAAAUCUGCAGACGUGGGGAGUCAAACCGACCUUUGUGUUUAUUAAGACAGCCUACAACUAGCAUGCCUCCCUCCUAAGCUCCUUGUUAGCACACAUGUGUGCAGGGAAUGAAAAACGGAGGAGGGGUUGAGUUGUAUUUUAUACAGUCUAUGGGCUGAACAAGCUCCGAGCUCUGACUUCCUGUUACAGACCGGAUGGCGUUGUGACGUAUGAAAAACACUGAAAACUGAAACGGCUGGUUUCAGCACACAUUUACAGAAAGGUGGAGAAAUCAGAACAGGGGCAGAAUGGAUUCUUUUACUUUUCAGGGGGUUUGUAGACAGGGACACAUAUUUCAGGUAGAGAACCAUUAAAAAGUCGAUCUUGCAUGAUAUGUCACCUUUAAUAAAAGCUCUGAUGUAAACACGGCUGAUCCUGCAGAGAGAUGAAACGUCGUCUCUGCUCGUCUGUUUCAUGCGAUGAGAGAGGAGAGACGAUUCCCGUGUCAGUCUCAGGCUGACGUUGGUUCCACGAGACGGCCUGCUGUCCUCUUAAACUAACGCACAACUUAGCGUCCUCCCUGGACUCUGGCACUUUGUAGAGUACAGACAGGUUUAGAUGUCCUUCACUGUAGACUCUUCACUCUGAGGCGUCAGACUGUAAGAUUCAGGAUUAAUCCACGACUUAGACUUUUAUUUUGAAAGGAUUGCUACUAUGUUUGAUGUUGUUCUUGUCGUCUCUUCUUCAUCAUCAUCAUCCUCAUCAUGUAGAGUUUCCGUCUCGUCUUCAUUGACGUUGAGGCUUUAGAUGAAGAGUCCUGAGCUCGUCCCUCCGUCCUCGUGUGAACAUGAUGAGAUUAUAAACUGACGAGUGAAGGUGUGUAUAUAAACCUAGAUUAUUAGAUUAUAUGUGAGAUUAUAAACACGCUGUAUGCUGCCUGUCUCUGCGUCCUCUCUGCUGUCUUUAAUAACCUGCUGCACACACAGCUGACAGGUGACAGGUGGAAAGUGGGCGUGUCUUAAGCACAGGUGUGUGAUUGUAGACGUCUGCAGGCUUAGUGAGUUUGAGGAAGCUGAGGAUGGAUUGUGAGUUUGUAGUUCAAUGUUCAGAGCAGCGGUCUGUGUGGACUUUAAUAAUCCUCACAGAGACUCAUGUGUUCAUAGAUCGUCUCCCCUUAAAGCUCAAACACUGCUCAUCAGAUUAAGCCAAAGAUGCCUCCUGAACGUACAGAGUCCCCCUCAGAUCUGAUCCUGCACAGAGCCUGUCCCCCUCAGAUCUGAUCCUGCACAGAGCCGGUCCCCCUCAGAUCUGAUCCUGCACAGAGACAUGUCUCUGAGUCCAGCAGGUUUGAUAUUAAACUCUCCUGAUGUGAGACGUGUUCCCCGUUCACACCUCCAGGUUCUGGUUUUGCUCCUCCUGUAAAGAGUGGUGGAGGUGUUGUGUGUCGGCAUGCUCGUGGUGUGAUGGUUUUUGUACUUGGGACUCCUCGUGUUUGCUCAGCUUCCUCUGGACGGACUAAUCCAGCUUCAUGUGUUCAGAUAAUAACUGAGAUAUUUACCCGCUGAUGAUGAUUUCUCCUGUUUCAGAUAUUAUUGAUUUUAAAACGUAGGUCGAUCAAACGUCAGAGAUUAAAGCUCCAGAUUACAGAAUCAGUAAAUGAAUAAAGAUUUUAAAGAGA